AUGCCAACCAUCAUGCUGGUGGUGGUCGUUGUCUACUUUGCGGCCGUCGAAGCUCUCAGAAAACCCUCCAGUUCGAAGGUCACUGUUGCCGCGUACAACAGCGUCGGCGAAGCGAGACGACUCCUGAGAUCACGUGAAUCCGCAGCUCUGGGCGAUAACAAUGACUCCGGCCGGAAUCCAGAGGAGAGAAGCACAGAUGCGAAGUGGGUCUCGAUGCUUGCUCAACUGGACCAACCGACUGGGUGGAUACAAAAAUGGGAAAAAUGGGACUUGAACCUGGCCGUGAAGCUAUGGAUCAAAAUCAACUAG